AUGAAUUAAUUUCAUUUAGGGUUCAUAGAUCCUAAAAUAGAGAACUAAUACUAGCAGUUUCAAUUAUCAAAUUCGAGAUCAGCUAUUUUCAAAUUAGUGUCUUUUGGAUUAAUAGUUACUUUAUUUAUUAGAGUCAUGUAUUCUUUAAUUGAGAAUAUUGAUUUUCUAUUUUAUUACAAACUUACAAUGUUACUUUAUCUCAUCAUUUAAUAUGUAGUUGUUUAGUGGUAACCAUAAUGGACAAGAAUUGCAUUUUUUAUAACGAAUAUUUGUGUGAUGGGGUUUGUGCUGGAGUAAGAGAAUUCUCCAGAAAUCCAAAAUAUGAAAGGAGCAAACUUAAUGGCUGUUAAUCUAAUGCUGGUAUUAUCGGGAGAAUUUUUUGAUUCAGUCAUUUAAUUAGUGGUAAUAACAACUUUAAGAAUAUCAUUGCCAUUUAUUAUAACAAAUAGUUAAAAUUAUAUGGUACUCACAAGCACAAUAAUAGCUAAUUUAUCAUUUAUAUUUUAUGUGUAUACAUAUCAUAAAGCCAAAAGAUCUUAAUAUUUAUUAGGACUAGUGGAGAACGGUUGGGAUAAAAUAUUUUUUGAAUUGGUUAAAGAUCCUUAUAUCUUAUUGAAAUUUUCUUAUACAAAUUUGAGUUUCACUGUCUAAAAGUAAAAUAGAUUUCCUUUUAAAGAUUGUUUAGAUUUUGAGGAAGACCUUUAGUAAUGCGAUCAGGAUGACAGAACAAUAAGACAUUUUCUAUAGAAUUCAACUUUAGGUAAAACAUCACUUUCAGAACAUAUAUAUGGUAGUAUAAAAAAAUUCUAAAUGGAUUGUUAUGAUCAUUUUAAUUAAAUAUUAAGAAUUCGAUUUUAAAAGUAGCUAUUAUAGGUAGAAAUGUCAAUAUUUUAAUUGAAAAAUCCAAUGAUUUUAUUGCGAAUAAAUUCGAUAAAUAAGCAUUCAUUAAAGUAACUAAAAAAAUAUAAGAAGAGAUUUAUUUUAUAUAAUAAUAUAUUCAUAAACAUAUUAACUAAAUUAGAAACCUAAUUGAAAUAUAAUUUGAUGAUAAAAGAAAUAAGAAGGAGAUUAAUUCUUGUUUAAUUAAUAGAAGAAUUACAUGAUCAUAAAUAUCAUUUUAAUACAGUCAAUAUAUAAUUUGUAAUAUCUUAAAUAGAGAAUCUUUAUCCUGAUAAAAAUAUUAUAUUCUAAAAUGCAAAUAAAAUGGAAACAUUAUUUACAAUACCAAAUGCACUUUUAAUGUUAUUACUAAGUGUAUUUGAGAAUAGUGAAAAAGGUUUGAUUAAAUGUAAUUUGGUGAAUUUGAAAGAGGAAAUGGAAGUGAUGAUUGAGUUUAAUGGUAACUUUUAAGCUUCUAAAAUAUUGAAGAUAUAUCAGUGUACCAAAUAUCAUGUUAGACUUUUGGUCUCUAGUUUAUUUAUAUCUUCGAAAUGUAAUAAAUUUAGAUAUAAUAUAGUGGUUUAAUUUAUAUUAUUCUCUGAGCCUCUUUGUUCAUCUAAUAUUGACAUCUACACUUAUGAAUACGAUGACUUAUUAUCUAGUGAUCAUUGA